AUGGCAGCCUCGUCCACUACCUUCUCUUCCGUUGUUGCCGUCUUAACGGUAGAGGAUUUAUUAGACACCGCGGCCACCGUCGACAGCACUACCAGAUGGCCGGAAGCGGGCGCAACCAAGUCGACGUUCGUGGUUGACCAACCACUACACUCGACCCGGUACCACAUUUCCAAGCACUACACUCUCCUGAACGCCAAACAUCGGGUGGCCUGCGAUGUGCCGCCGGAGGGCUGCAACAUGAUCUGCGUCUACGCCGCCGCGUUCGAGGCCGGCAUGAGGCUUCCCUUCCACGACCUGCACGCUGCGGUUCUUCGGCACUAUGGCCUCGCGCCCAGCCAGCUGAUGCCAAACGCGUGGCGCUACCUGAACGCGUUUGUGCUCUUGUGCGAGGACGCCGGCGUCCAGCCCAUGCUGCCUGUGUUCCUGUCUUUCUUUGUCAUCUGCGCUGAGUCCAGGGGGCGAUACCACUUCAAGCCCUACCGCUACCCUCUGUCGCCGCCGGAUUCGGGCAGCCGCAGUCGCCGCACGCGCCGUUGCCGCCUCUUCACCGGCAAGAUGCCCCACCCGAUGUGGAAAGGCAGGUUCUUCUUCAUCCGUGGGCCGUCUUGGAUGCCUUGGCCUUGCUCGCUCAAGUGGGGGACACCGAGCAUGGCGUCCCUCAAAGAGCCGGUGCUGACGAACGACACGACGGAGGCCAUACAUAAGUUGGUUCACCUAGCGGGGGACAAGGGCAUUGAUAUCAUGAAGUUUCUCUCCGUGCGCAAUCCGCCCGUCGGCCACCUGCAGAUCCCCGCUGCGGCGACUCCGCAUCGUGUAGCAGUGAAGCAGGAGGCUAACGCCGCCGCUGUCGCCGCUGCUGCCUGGACGGAGCAGACGAGGAAGCGCAAGUCGCCCGAGCCCAUCGCCUCUCUCCCUCCGUUGUCGCUGCAGAUUGGGACUGGCUACGACGACCGGCGGUGGACGGCGGAGUCGCCGCCCGCUCCUGCGGGAGUGGGACUUGGACAUGGAGAACCCGGCGUCACCGGCGACGAGCGCUCCUGCUUUCGGAAGCUGCUCCAUUAUUUCGCGCAGGAAGCAACGGCGGAGUUCGACGGCAAGGUGCAGGAGAUACAGGCUCUGAAGGGGGAGUUGCAGAUGGUCAGAACUGAGUAUGCAGCCGAGGUUGUGCUCCUCCAGGAGCAGCUUGCGGGGGCCAAAGCCCGGCAUGCGAACGACAUGGCCCAGCUCGUGGAUGAGCUCCAGAAGGCGAACGACAAGGCGAGCCGAUCCGCGGAGGAGCUCCAGAAGGCGAAGGCCGAGGCCACCCGAUCCGCAGAGGAGCUCCAGAAGGCCCAAGCCGAUCACGUGGCAAAGGUGCGGCAGAUCACUGCCAUGCACCACCGCGAGCGGAUCGAAUUGCAACAAGAGAGCAGCAGACUGUUGGGCGAGUUCUACAACAAGGGCGUCAGAGACACGAAGGAGCUCGUGCUCACCUUGUAUGGUGACGCCCUGGACCUCUCGGAGUUUACCAACACUAACCUGCUGUCUGAUUCCACCCCUCCUCUGCGACUUGCUCCUCAACCUCCCCAGGAUGACCAGAAUUAG